AUGUUAAGGGUGUACACGCCCGCGUCCUCGCAACCAACGACAACCGGAAGGAGCCCUCUCACGCGUCAAUCCCACGCUGACGGCCUCAGACGGCAGAUCGUAGAUAUGGUGCAACAGCAAGGUCUCACCACAUCUAUACCAGAUACAAUCGGACAGAAUUCCGGACAGACAACAGAGGAUCCGGUUGACCAACCAACAGAGCGUUUGACGACACCGGAACCAACAACGGUCAUAUAUCAAAUCAGGAAAAAAGGAGGAAUCGCAAGUACCAAACAAAUAGACGAUAAGACUGACAAGAAAAACGAUAACUUAAAAAAAAUCCACUUAAAGAUCUUACGUGAAACUAGAGGUCGAGGGUCGCGCUCGUUCCCUGUUAUUGAGGGUCAGCUUCGUGACAGUUCGGCAAAUGACGACGGCAGAAAAGAUCCGUUCAAGCGGCCUAAGGCCAUUGCAGCAGGAGACACAAAACCAAGCGCUGUUCCUAAAGUGUCGUUCAGGAUAAAUGAUACUAAGAACACGCCUGUUUCGGAGUCUCCUGCACCCGGAAUGCAAUCGAAUGUCAAUAGUUCUGUGGAUUCUAAGUAUGAAAUCCGUGGCAGCGCGAUCCGGUCCAACAGGAACAACAAAUCAGCUCCUGCUUACCGCUCGUCGGAAGCAUCCAAACGUCACAUGACGAUUCAUACAUCGUUACAGUUAUUUAAACGUAAGUUAAAGGUGAACCAUCCUGACAACUAUGUACAGCCGAAUAUGAACACAAAUGAUUCUGAUUACGUCAUACGAAGAGUACCUCUCAAGUAUGACAGAUCGUCAGGUGGCCGGACAAUGAUGUCACCCUCCCCUUUGGAGCCUAGACUACAAGUGAUGUCCUCCGUUCCACGCCGUUCAAAGACACAAGCCAUGACUACCAAUUUCACACGACCUACAAGCGGUACAGAGGCUAGUCAGAAUGAUGAAGAGAAGAAAAUCCGUUGUUCGUAUCGCCUUCCAGAUAACUUUAACUGGACCAAGGAAGUGUCUUUCCGCGACGAUACUGAAAUGAUUCCUAACGUGAAUACGUAUGUGGUGGAACAAGGUCUCAAGAAGGCCACCCGAAAGUAUGAUGGUCACGCCACACUUAGUGCGCACAACCUGGACGUACAUAAUGCUUUAACUGCAAAUCGCAAAGUGAAACUUGGCGAGAGUGAGGAGGAGUUUGACUCUCGAUUCGCCCGGUGGCUCGAGGAAUCCAACCUGACAUACAAACAUAAUGCGCGCGCGCACUCCUCGCCAGGUGUCCGUUCACGUCCGUCAGAGAUAGAUGGACACCAAAUGGACAUCAUCCACGUGCCACAUGAGGAGAUUAGGUGUAAAACUCCAUUUCCUGAUACAGAUCAACCUUCCUCUAACUGA